AUGUCUCUCGAGCAUCUCGUCCAGCUGCGUCUGCUCGUUCUCCUCGCGACUCUCGCGAUCGCCUCGGGUGCCGUGCUUGUCCCGGAACUUACGAACGAAGAAGCCGACCAUCAUCUUUUCAGUUACCACCGUUAUCUCUUCGCGUUCGAACCGCCACAGCUUCACGCUCAGUACGUCGAGUACUAUCCACACCUCUCGGUCAGCCAUCCGAAUCUGGAAAAGGACGCGCUGGACUUUGCAAAGACGGCAGGCAAUGGGCCGUUUUACGCCGAGGCUUCGAGUCGCUUUGGCCCAAAAGCGCUCUUUGUCUCGACCAAGGUGAGCGGCAACAGUCGACUCGGUCGCACCUGGAAUCUUCGUCACAACAACGAUGGCCGGGUCAAGGUGUACGACGCUCAGCUGUUCUGGCGGGUCGACCGCAGAGGGCCGAAACUGCUCCGAUUCGGGAUCUGGCCAGAGGGUUCUCAUCCGCAGCAAGUGAUACCCAUGCAGGAGGUGAUCGAUCGCUUCCCACGUCGAUUUCGCUGGUUCCACUGGCACUGA